AUGGCUGACCCUCUGUCGCUCUCAGGCUUGGUGACUCCGUGUUUCACCAAAAACGCCGCCGAUGAUGAAUGGACAGAUGUGGACAGGAAACGAGUUAUGAAUGACAUCAUCACAACCAUGUUCAAUAAAAAAUUUAUGGAAGAGCUGUUUAAACCACAGGACCUCUAUUCCAAGAAAGCUCUGCGAACGGUGUACGACCGGCUAGCUCAUGCUUCGAUCAUGAGGCUGAACCAGGCAAGCAUGGACAAGCUGUAUGACCUUAUGACUAUGGCUUUCAAAUACCAAGUGCUGCUGUGCCCUCGGCCCAAAGACAUUCUGCUGGUCACGUUCAAUCACCUGGAUGCGAUCAAGGAUUUCGUACGCGAUUCUCCUGGCAUCCUGAACCAGGUGGACGAAACUUUCCGACAGCUGAUUGAAACAUACAGCUGCCUCUCCGCUGGUGAAUUUCAGCUCAUCAGGCAAACGCUCCUCGUUUUUUUUCAGGACAUGCACAUAAGGGUCUCUAUCUUUCUGAAGGAUAAAGUGCAAAACUCUAACGGUCGCUUUGUGCUGCCAAUAUCAGGCCCUGUUCCUUGGGGUACAGAAGUUCCAGGACUUUUAAGGAUGUUUAAUCGCAAUGGAGAUGAAGUUAAAAGAACUGAGUUCACCACUGGUGGAAAUUAUGUUACUCCACAAAGGGAAGGAUCUUUUGAUCUUUAUGGAGACAGAGUCCUCAAACUUGGAACAAAUAUGUACAGUGUUAGUCGGCCAGUAGAGACACACAUGUCAGGAUCAUCCAAAAACUUGGCAUCCCAUGCAAAGGAGAAUAUAGCCCCUAACCCUCUUGCUAAAGAAGAACUGAACUUUUUGGCCAGGCUGCUGGGAGGUCUGGAGAUCAAGAAACCUGGUGGCAGCGAGACAGGAUUCCGACUGAAUUUGUUCACAACUGAUGAGGAGGAAGAACACGCUGCGUUGACUAGACCGGAGGAGUUAUCUUACAAGGUUAUCAACAUAGAAGCCACGCAGGCUAAUGCCUGCAGCCCUUCCUAA